GUUUACUAUCCAGCUAAGAAACCUACUACACAUGGUCUAACUAAUACUUAUACUUCCUCAAAAUAAAAAUUGUGUUCCAGCCAGCUGAUUUCGAGUAUAUGGUUUUCUAGUUCUCAAGAAUGGCUUUCUAGCUCAGGUCUACAUUUGCACUGUACAAUGGAAAGUAUAGUGCUCCGGCUCCAUUUCAGAGUAGGUUUAAGGAAGCUUUUAAGACUGUUUUGACAGAGAGUACAUAGAUUCAAAGCUUCAUCACCAGAGGAAGCAGUUGCCUUCAACACAGCUUCUGCGUUGAUAGUUUUGUUGGAGGGUUCUGAACAUAGUGUGAUGGUUCGGGAUUUUACUGUGAAAUUCUACUCAGAAUUGAAGUCGUGACACUCUGCAGCAUCAUUUAAUUAUCAUGCACAGUUAAAUUUAUAGAAUUGAACAAUUAUUUAUCACAGUUAAGAAUUGAACAUGUGAACAAUUGAUUUCUCUAUACAAUAUUAUGCUGCCUUCUUUUGGGAAGGGGUUAUUCUCAUCACCUAGCUGCAAUGGUCGUCUUCUGUUGUCUUUCAGCAGUUGCCUCUAAUUGUUGCACAUGUGCUGUUGAUCACCCGAAGAGCCUGUGUUCUUAGCAAAUUCACUAACAUUCGGGUUCUCGUUGGAUUUACCCCUCUGUCUUUGUUGGCCAAUUUAACGGGGUCCUGGCACAACCUGUUGCUGAUGACUCCAGGCAACCCAGUGGCCAUUGCUACUGUUCCCACCCUCUCCCUCACUCUUGGCAGUCAAACCCUUUUUCAUGCCUUGAUAACCUUUGUGUCAGGUUCCCCACAUCCUACUAUGGAACAGAUCACAUGGACAGUGAAUGGAGCUCCCUCAACCGUCACUGGCCACGUCUUCCAACUGCCCCUCAAUAUUAACUGGGACCACGCAGGACUGUAUGUGUGUAGUGUCACCACUGCUCAAGGAGCUGCUACCGCUGAGUUCACAGUCACUGUCAAUGUGCAACCCCAGGUGACCCUGUCCCCCGCGACUGUACCCCCGGUAGAGAAAGGCGGCUCCUUCACACUGACCUGUGCUGACCGUGAGGGUACACCCCCUCCAACCUUUGAAUGGAGUAGAGACAAUCAAGUCAUCUCAGGUGAUGGUUCUCGUGUGCUCGUGACUGCCUCUGUUGAAGAUGUUAGCUCCACCCUCACCAUAAUGUCAGUAGAGCUUGGUGAUGCUGGGAGCUACAGUUGCACUGGGGCCAAUGGAGCCGGAGCAUCCACACGGCGCACUGACGUCAUUGUGUUGUAUGCACCUAUUCUUACUCCUAUCUCUACUCGCACCAUCUGGGUUGUUGGGCAGACGCUUCUGCUGGAGGCUUCGUUAGUGGGGGCUGUCCCCCGGACCAUCGACAGCGUGGCCUGGACUAAAGACGGUGCUAAUAGCAGGGGAACCCCCUCCAGCGAAGGGUCAAAGUACACUCUAACGGUUCCGGGGCUGACUUUGGGUGAUGAGGGCAUGUACGAGCUGACACUAACCAAUGAGAUUGGAGCAGGAAUUCCGCUAUCAUUCAGUAUCACUGUUAACUUACCUCCUGUGUACGUCUCCAUCACCAACUAUCCUGUUAUGAACUCACUAGUUGCCAUAGACACCAUCGGAGAUACCACUGAGACAGCAUUGACUUGCAGAACUAACUCAACUAUUUGCUGUACAGGACAAGAUAAUCCCAAUAGUGCCAAUGGAUUAGGAGAUUGGCUAUUUCCGAAUGGAACAGUUGUCACUAGGAAUCAGGACAUUACUGAUUCAGACACUGAUCUACUGUACAGUGUUGGAGAUACAGGUGCACUCAGACUCCAUCGUCGAGGGUCUGUGUCAGGUCUCACUGGCUCCUACUGCUGUGUGAUUCCUGAUAACACUGGAGUAGAUGUGACAUUCUGUGUGCAGUUAGUGACUGGAGUCAUCACUAUAUCUCCUCCCACUACAACCUCUACUGAUGAGAGCUGUUUCUGUCAGUGUCCCCAGAGUGACAACACUGGUGCUGUGGUGGGAGGAGUGGUGGCCCUGGUAGCAGUGAUUGCAGUGACUGUAGUGAUGGUGACGUACCUAGUGCUCCGGUAUAAGAGAGGAGGGAAAAUGACUGUUCCUCGAGAUAUCUCCCUUACGGACCAGGGUCAAAGUGCAGCCGCUACCUACGAGACCGUCCUUGCCACUUAUGAGGAGAUCCCAGCCUCUAGAGAGGUCAAAGGUGACUACAGCUACACACAGAACAAUGCUUACUCGACUGUGAGUGGGCGUGAGGCUCCUGCUGCUGGAGGAAUACAAUAACUGAACUAUCACAUGACUCAAGUAGACUAGUAAUUUAUUUCUUGUUUACAUUUCGGUUACUUUAUACAGAGCACAUAGAUAUACGUACUUCAUAAGCCCCUCUCCUUUUCCUUUUUUCACCAAUAUCAGCUUUUUUAGUACAACAAAGUAAUAUUAUACAGUAUAAAGCUACAUGUAUAGAAUCAAGAUUUUUGGUAAGUCUGAA